AUGUUCGCAUUGGCGGCCAAUACAGACACAAAUUUAAUUGACCUCAAUAGCUCCCCGUUUUUAGUAAAGUUCCGUAAACAAAACAAAAUCUUAGGUACAGUGUCUCUCGGAUACCUUUAUUUAUAUGGCAUAGGCGUGGAUAAGAAUCAAAAGAAAGCAUUUCAAACAUUCAUGGGAGUUGCCAAAGAGGGGUCAAGCUUGGCCGAAUCCUUUUUGGGAUACUGUUAUGCGGAGGGAUACGGCGUUGAGAAGGGCGAAGAGAAGGCUUUUGGGUAUUUUCUGAUCUCAGCAGAGAAAGGAAACAUCGUAAGCCUUUGUGAUACCGCGUACUGCUAUCAAAGAGGUCUUGGGGUUCAAAAAGACGAAAAGAGAGGUUUUGAAUUACUCUUGCGAGCGGCAGAUGGUGGAAGUAUAAAGGCACAGAAUAGUUUGGGAAUAUGUUUUGAGAAUGGGAACGGCGUGAUGAAAGAUUUGAGCAAGGCAUUUGUGUGGUAUUUGAAAAGUGCAAAAGUAUGCUACGUAUAUGGACAAUACAAUGUAGGCCGACUUUACGAUAGUGGCAUAGUAGUUGAUCAUAACUCAAAGAAGGCUUUUCAUUGGUUCAUGGAAUCAGCAGAGAUGGGUUAUGAAUAUGGAUGUCUUGAGGUGGGCGAACGAUUUUAUUAUGGAAUUGGUUCAAAGGUCGACACCAUAAAGGCAAUACACUGGCUGGAAAAGGCAAAAAAUGAAGAUACCGUUAAAUCACAAGCUGAUUUCAUGCUAGAGAUAAUUUUAGAACGGAUGAUUUUGGGUUAA